CUACUGGCCGAGUUUGCGCUGGAGGAGGGAGUCCCUAUCCCUCUAACGUUACCGUCAGACGCCAAGUCUAGCAGUACCGUCUUCAGCGCAGUCUGCUGCUACUGGCCGAGUUUGCGCUGGAGGAGGGAGUCCCUAUCCCACUAACGUUACCGUCAGACGCCAAGUCUAGCAGUACCGUCUUCAGCGCAGUCUGCUUCAGCACCUUGCCUGCCUGGCUGCCUGCAAUGCCCUUGGAUACUGCCGUCCCUCUCAUCGCUACACAAUUGACAUUAUUCUGAACGAGAGAAUAAUAGCUGGAAAAGUCUUCAGGACAGGGCGAAGGAUACUGGAUUUAUAUUACCGUGUGACGGCGUUCAGUGUCUUUAUUUGUGUGAGCCUGUAUGGGGCGAAUGGAGAGGAGGGUGCAUCGAUAAUUGAGAGAGCAGAGCAGGACUUGCUGCCUGCUGCAGAAAACCUGACGGCUCGGUGGAUUUGGAUUUGUUGUUGGGACCAGCAGUCCGGCGCGGGGUUGCGCGUCAUAUCAAAGGAUUUCUCCAGACGGAGCGCUUCUACUUUUUGAAACCUGAGUUCUAAGAAAACAUCUUGCAUGGAUACAACAUCAUGGCUACGUUUGUAUGCAGGGUACAGUUCUUAGAUGAUACUGAUCCAUUCAACAGCACCAAUUUUCCUGAGCCGACCAGACCGCCUCAGUACACUUUCAGGGAAGAUAUCCCCCUUAUCAAUCAGAUUGCUGGAGUCCACAGGCUUCUCAAAGCCCCACACAAGCUUGAUGACUGUGCCCUCCAGCUCUCCCAAAAUGGGAGCUACCUGGACUUGGAGUCUACCCUGGCAGAACAGAGAGAUGAACUCGAGGGCUUUCAGGAGGGAGGAAGAGGCAAGAAGCACAGCAUCAUCCUCCGGACACAGUUAUCUGUCAGAGUUCACGCUUGUAUCGAGAAACUCUACAACUCAAAUGGACGAGAGCUGAGGAGAGCCCUGUUUUCCCUCAAACAGAUCUUUCAGGAUGACAAGGACCUGGUCCAUGAGUUUGUGGUGUCUGAAGGACUGACAUGUCUAAUCAAGGUCGGAGCUGAAGCAGACCAGAACUACCAGAAUUACAUCCUCAGGGCUCUGGGACAGAUCAUGCUGUAUGUGGAUGGAAUGAACGGCCUCAUAAGUCACAACGAAACCGUCCAAUGGCUUUACACACUCGUUGGAUCCAAGUUCCGUCUGGUAGUGAAGACAGCUCUGAAACUGUUACUGGUGUUUGUGGAGUACACUGAACCCAACACUGCCCUGCUCAUCCAUGCUGUCAACACCGUGGACACCAAGAGAGGCUGUAAGCUGUGGUCCAAUGCCAUGGAGAUUCUGGAGGAGAAGGAUGGGGUGGACACAGAGCUGCUGGUGUAUGCCAUGACCCUCAUCAACAAGACUCUAGCGGGCCUGCCUGACCAGGACUCAUUCUAUGACGUGGUGGACUGUUUGGAGGAGCAGGGCAUGGAGGCCAUGUCUCAGAGACACCGUAGCAGGAAGGGAACAGACCUGGACCUCAUGGAGCAGUUUAACAUCUACGAGACUGCUCUGCGCCAUGAGGACGGGGACGACGAGAGCCAGCCACCUACCGUGGGUCGGAAGAACCGGCGGCGUGCCAGCGUGGGGGGUACCAACGACCGGCGAGGCCUGGAGAGGAGACGCAGCCGGAGACACUCCCUCCAGAACGGGAGAGGACUCACCUCAGCCCCCGCUUCCCCCAGCAGCCCUCACUCUCACGGAGGACACAACGGUAGCUUCCUGCCCUUCGGAGGCCAGGGCAUCGACGACGUCAGCGAAAGAGAGGAGGAAGAGGAGGAGGAGGAAGAGGAGGAGGAGGAGGAGGAUGAGGAAGAUGAUGAGAGUCAUGAUAUCACAGAGACCACUAGAAAGGGCUUCCACAGCAGCCAAACAGCUGUAUUGUAUACAUCUAGAGCACCCGUUAGUGCUGGAAGCCGACACAUAGGCCACGUCAUGGCGCUCCCUGGCAGGUCCCAGGGUGUAGCCAGCGCCAGCGCCCCCACCACCCCUGUACACCGCUCCCAGGGUGUUGCCAGCGCCCCCACCACCCCUGUACACCGCACCUUUGCCACAUCAGGGGCACCACAGCUGGACUCCAAGUCUGACAGACCUUCUCUGGGGAGCUUGUUGUCCUCCUCCUACAGACAACACCAGGAGUCUCUGACUGCAGAGAGAGAGAGGAGGAGACAAGAGAGGGAGGAACGACUGCUGAAAAUCGAGAGGGAGGAGAGGACCCGCUUCAAUCGGGAUUACAUGGACAAGAGGGAAGAGACAAGACAGGCCAGAGAAGAGAGAUAUAAGUGCGUUGAGAGGCUGGCAGCAGAGGAGUAUGAGAAAGAGAGAGAGCGCACGAGAGCGCCACCCAGGGGGCGCACAGAGAUCACCCUGAGCCUGAGCCCCACCCCCUCCAGUCGCUCCGCCUCCCCCCGCUGUGCCACGCCCUCCUCCAUCGCCUCUCCGGAAGACGCUGGCACCAUUCCAUCCCAGACAUCCCAGACGCAGGGAAGUGAAGUAGACGUAGAGCCAAGCCGUGACCUUCAGACUAGAACUACAAGUCCAGCGCCAGAGUUAAUAGUAUCAGGACCUUCUCCAGAACCCACAGAGCCCCCCUCCCAAACCCCCUUCCAAACUCCCCCGGCGCCAGCCGAGGAGCAGGCAGAGACAGAGACGCAGACAGAGAAGCAGGAAGUAGCUGAAGUUGAGUCCAAGCAGGAAGUACUAGAGCUAGUGGAGUUAGCGGUAGAUGAACAGACACAGGGUAAAGAGCAAGAAGAAAGUGAGGAGGAGGAGGAGGAGGGUAAGGAGGAAGAGAGACAGUCAGGGAAUGAGGUAGAGGGAGAAGAGAAGGUAGAGGUAGAGGGAGAAGAGGUGGAGAUAGAAGACGUAGAAGUGGUAGAGAUAGAGGUGGAGGAGGAGGGAGAGAGGGAGCAGGCUGCGUCGGAGGAGAGGGAGGUGGAGGAGAGGCUGGUCCUCCUCAGUGAGAAGGAGAGGCAGAAUGAGGAAGUGAAUGAGAAGGACAACUGUUCUGCCUCCAGUAUCUCCUCAGCCAGUAGCACUCUGGAGAGAGAGGAGAGGGAGGAGAAAGUCAACAGCAACCUUGAACCAGGCCAGUGCAUUAAGGAGGAAGACGUGAACGGGCAGUGCAGCAAGAUCCUCAACAGCAAGCGCUUCAUGCUGGAUAUGCUCUAUGCCCAGAACAAGACCACUGCCGACGAGGACGAAGAGAAGGCGGGAGAGACAGAACAGACGGAGAAAUGCAAAGAGGGGAUGGAGACGUCAUCGCUAGAGGGUCAGGACGGGUCGUCGGUGGCCAGCUUAGCCAGUCGUAUCUCUACACUGGAGGCCAGCAGGCAGGCCUGCGAGGAGAACGUCAAGAAGAUGGAGGUCCAACACCUGGAGAACCAGGGGAGCGUCAGGGCCGCGGCCGAGAAAUUUGGAGACCUUGUUAAAAGCCUUGUGUCGCCUCACGAGCUGGAGGCAUUGGAGAAACAGCAGCAAGGGCAGCUUCAACCUGAUAAAGACAAAGCUCCUCCGGCCCCGUCCUCCUCUCCCCUACCUCCUAAGAAGGAGUCAGAUUAUAUCUGGGACCAGCUGAUGGCAGCCCCCAGGGAGCUGCGGAUUAAAGAGAUGGACUUUACAGACCUGGCAGACGAGGAUGAUCUGGACAUCUUAGACGUGGACAGUGUGCUGAUGGGCUCCAGUGACCUGAUGAUCCCUCCCCCUCCUCCCUGUCUCUCCACCCUGCCCCCUCCCCCUCCCCUGGGCCUGUUCGGCUGCCCCCCGCCCCCUCCUGUCCCUGGCAUGAUGCCCCCUCCCCCGCGCUUCAUGCCCCCCGGACCCACCCAGCCCUACCCGGGGUCCCCCCAGCUGAGCCGAGGGACAGGGGAGCCCCCUCUGUUUCAAAAGAAGAAGAAGACUAUCCGUCUCUUCUGGAACGAGGUAAGGCCCAUGGACGGCCAGUACAGGAACCACAAGCGUUGUAGAGAGUCUCUCUGGUCCAAACUGGAGCCGGUCAAAGUGGACACGUCCAAGCUGGAACACCUGUUUGAAACCAAGUCCAAGGAGCUGCCUGUUACCAAGAAAACAGCAGUGGAUGGGAAACGACAAGAGAUUAUUGUCCUGGACUCCAAACGGAGCAAUGCCAUCAACAUCGGGCUGACCGUCCUCCCCCCUCCCCGCACCAUCAAGACAGCCAUCCUCAACUUCGACGAGUACGCUUUGAACAAGGAGGGGAUCGAGAAAAUCCUGACGAUGAUCCCGACGGAGGAGGAGAAGCAGAGGAUCCAGGAUGCUCAGCUGGUGAACCCUGACGUCCCCCUGGGAUCAGCAGAGCAGUUCCUCCUCACCCUGUCCUCCAUCACAGAGCUGUCCGCCCGGCUGCAGCUCUGGGCCUUCAAGAUGGACUACGAGGUCACGGAGAAGGAAGUGGCAGAGCCUCUGCAGGAUCUUAAGGAAGGGAUGGACCAACUGGAGAAGAACAAGACGCUGCGUUACAUCCUGUCCACGCUGCUGGCUAUAGGCAACUUCCUUAACGGAUCCAACGCGAAGGGCUUUGAGCUGGGUUACCUGGAGAAGGUUCCGGAGGUAAAGGACACGGUUCAUAAGCAGUCUCUACUGCACCAUGCCUGUUCCAUUGUGGUGGAGAAGUUUCCAGACAGCUCAGACCUGUACUCUGAGAUAGGAGCCAUCACCCGCUCGGCUAAGGUGGACUUCGACCAGCUCCAAGACAACCUGAGCCAGAUGGAGCGACGCUGCAAAGCAUCGUGGGACCACCUCAAGGUCAUCGCCAAGCACGAGAUGAAGCCUGCGCUCAAACAGAAGAUGUCUGACUUCCUAAAGGACUGUGCAGAGAGAAUCAUCAUCUUGAAGAUAGUCCAUCGGAGAAUUAUCAACCGGUUCCAUGCCUUCCUGUUGUUCCUGGGCCAUCCAGCGUACGCUGUGCGGGAGGUCAGCAUCCACCGCUUCAGUAAGAUCCUCAGUGAGUUUGCCCUGGAGUACCGGACAACACGGGAACGCGUCCUGCAACAGAAACAGAAGAGGGCCAACCACAGAGAGAGGAACAAGACCAGAGGAAAGAUGAUCACAGAUAGUGAGGAUGAAGAGGAUGGUGAGGAUGGAAAGUUUGGCGGUAGCGCCCCGGGGCCUGUAAGCCAGGAGGGCGUGCUGACGCAGGGUCUGCAGUACGCUGAGGAUGCAGCGGAGCAUGAGAACAUGAAGGCAGUGCUGAAGAGCAGCUUGCAGGGCUGCAGUGACAGUGGAGCGUCCACCGUGCCAGGCCUACGUACACGCACCAGAGCCAGCAGGCCAGGCCGUGUGGGUCCUUGGGGCUCAUCAGUGAUUGAAGACCCACCUAAUUGCACAGAGACAGACGCUGCAGAUGAGAUCAUGGAGCGCAUCGUCAGGUCAGCCACUCAGGGGCCCAGGACACGGACAGAGCCUCGCGAGAGGAAGAGGUCCAGAGCCAACCGCAAGUCACUGAGAAGAACACUGAAAAGCGGUCUGACGCCAGAGGAGGCCAAUGCCUUGGGGUUGUCCAGUGGUUCAGAGAUGGCUGUGUGACAGGAAGAGAAGUAGAGCUGGAUCCGGCAGCACAGCACACACAGACACCUGGGAAACCCUCUUACCGCCCGCCCCGCCCUUCACUGACCCCUGACCUCUAACCCUUGCUCAUCCAGCCAGCCAGUCAACUGCUGCACCAUAGCUUCGCUUGGUCUUUCCCCUGGUUCAGCUUUAUGAUGACUGUAGCUCAUCUUCCUGUCUGUGGUUUGUGCAGGUAGCUGUGACACAGUGUUCCACCUGGUUAAGAUGGUAAACAAUGUUCAGGAAGAGACCAUGAGGAAUAUGGUCCUCAUCCAGGAUAAUAGAUGGUUUUCAGUGGAACAAAGUGGUAUUCGUAUAGGGGCAGUUAAAGGGGUUCAGUGAUCCAGCUGACUCAGCUCCACACACACACACUCAGGUAAAGUUCAGCAUCCAAACCACUACACUAUGCUGCUGUGCCGACUUGAGUGUUUCUUAAUGGUGUUGUUCCAAUCAGUUGUUUCUCCUAACCUUUGAAUAUGAGGCUGAGGCCUUUGAGGAACAGCUCACAUCCCAACUGUAAGUCUUAAUCACUUGAUGAAGCCCACAGUGACCACAUGACUAGUGGUGAAUCUCAGUUGUAUUUCCUUGAUUCCUCGUGUCUUCUAUCCUCACCUGUCUACACAAGGCAUUGGAGGACUAGAUCUGAGGUUCGUCCUCCCUAACCUUUUCCUCAAUUGAGAUUCACCCUAUGACUGAAAGAUACAAACUGAGACUUACCUACACAGAAGACAUUUAGCCUCAGGACUUCUAAAGGGAGGGACUUGCGAGUGCUUGAAUCACUGUGGACUUGUGUCUGAACCAAAAAGGCCUCGGAGUUGAAUAGUAAAGAAGUUAGCAUUGACGCUAAAUAAGUUAGCAUUGACGCUAAAUAAGUUAGCAUUGACGCUAAAUUAGUUAGCAUCGAUGCUAAAUAAGUUAGCAUUGAUGUUAAAGACGUUAGCAUUGAUGUUAAAGACGUUAGCAUUGAUGUUAUCUAUCCCCACUUAUGAUGAGCUUGUGUGUUGGGCUUGGUGUCAGAUAGUAUUUUUAGUUUGAACAAUUUUUGUUUAUAUAAAAAAAAAAAAAUGUCUGUGUCCACAGGCUGUUUUGUUCUACUAUACUACUGUGGUAGUUUUUUGGGUUUUAAAAUACUUUAAUGUGUGAGAAAAAGGUGCUCAGAGAAGGAAUAUUUGCACUGGAUGUAGAAGUUGGAUAUUUAGAGGAAAGGAAGGGGAAAUCCUUGACACACACUGAUGUACCAAUCAGAUAUCAGAUGAAUGAAAGAAUCCCCCAGACAGAACCAAUAACGAAACAGUAGCACAACUGAUUAUACACUCUAAUUUCAGAGGAAACGUGAACAGAUUCCUUUGACUUCUGCAAACUAAAAUGUUUCCAAUUUUGCAUGUUGUUGAUUCAGUUGGAUUUUAUACCGAUGGAACAAACUGGAAUUCCAAGAGGACACACCAUGAUGUGUUAAGAGGGAAGGUAUCAUUUACUACAUACAAUUGAAUUACUGGUUUCCACUUUUAAAAAACACAUAGCAUAUCAGAGUCAUCAACGUUGGUGAGAACAGUCUGUGAGCUGACAAGUGUACAGAAGGGACGAUGCUACUGGGUCCAGACAGACUGACGUCUGUCAAUCACGCGUAGCGAAUGUUACAGCUUUAGCCUAUAGGCCUGCCUACAACAUACAUGUUCCAGCUUUAACCUAUAGGCCUGCCUAGUACCUACAAUUACACACGUGUUGCAUGCAUGACACCAGUGUUACGCAAGCUCCUGCUGUUGUUCGCUGCAAAGCCUUCUUCUAUGGUUGAGACAUACUUAUUGUGGAGUGGUAGAACCGACAGGGAGAUAUAUUUACACUAGUUACAUUUACGUACUCUCUCUUUACUCUCUGUGUCAAAGAGUUAGGCAACAUUUAACAAUUGUUUAAAAAAGUAAGAGAUGAAUAAUUGGUUAUUAUAGAAAAACGAUAUGAGCUUCAACUGAAUGAGUGCCUUUUAUAGACAAGUCUAUUUAUUCAGUAAUGUUCAGGGAGAUAUUUGUUACAGAAAAUGUUACUGUGUGUAAUGAAAGGACUUCCUCCUUAGGUCAAUUCAACAGCUGUGACUUCCUGUUUUCAUUCUUUCCUAGAUGAAUACAUGUCAGUACUAUGUUCCAUGGCUUUAUGUCUUGGAAACAGUUCUCCUCUUCCAUUUGCACAUUGCAGUUUUAUUUCGAAUCACAACUAAACUAGGGUUAUAGCUAAUUGUCUAAUGACAAUAUUUCCAUUUUAGCAGUUUUGUCACAAAAAAAUGAUCUACAAAAAGAUAUUAGUUGUUUCCAUUUGCCUUAAUGUAGAAUAAGGGCAUAUAGUAUAUCUGAACGUUCCUACACUGUUGACUUUUAUUGAGGUGUAGUGGUUACAGUCAGCUAGAUAGCUCGUUUUUUAAAGUGCAUAAUUCCAGUUUACAUUUGGAAUUGUGUAGAGAGUUGUAUGAUGAUUCUACACAGUCACAAACAUUCACUGUGAUGGAAACAGCCAUUGUCGACUAAACAUGAAAGAAUAUAUGCUUGCAGCAACACAAGCCACAACAAAACAGUCACACACCUACAAGUAUACGUCUUUCUCAUGGAGAACUUACAAUUUGGUAUGAAACUAUCCAGCACCUUAUACACCAUUUGUAGCAUGCGUCUUUCAUUGAGGAAAAGCAGAACAUUAACAGUGAGAAAGUAUAUUCUUUCAGCCUUUUUCUCAGAUGGUCAUUUGGAGUAUUGUAACUCUGAGUACAUGUAAAGUAAUAAUGGGGGAAGAAUGCUGUAAAAUGAUGUAAAUGUCACAACGAUGUGUUUUAUGUCUUUCACUUGUUGGUAUUUUGUAUAGAAUAGUGUAUUAUAGGUUAAACAAAGCAGUGUUAUUCUAUGGAAAUUGUAAUUUAAGUGAAAACCAAACCAUGCAUGGUUUUAAAAAAUGUCUACAGAUGAGGCGUGUCACGUCAUGUUAUGGAUAAAGGGAGAUUUGAUUUGAUUUGAAUGCUCAGAGGCUUUAGCGUUUGUUAUGUUAUAUUGUUUUCCCUCCCCACAUGACUUGAAACACAUUAGGAUAGACGGAGUGGUCGAUGUAACCACCUAGGACUGGAUUCAAUCUGUAUCGCUGAACUUCAGCGUUACCACCUAGGACUGGAUUCAAUCUGUAUCGCUGAACUUCAGCGUUUUAGCGUGAUUGAAAAUGUUCCUGCAUUAGCAUAGACUGCAUUCAUGGUAAACACUGCAUAUGUCGGCUCCAUCUGAAAGGAUGCCAUCUGUAACGCUUCAGCCCCUAGUACUCCUAUGGAACCUUCAGCAGCCUUUCAUUACAUUGCACUCAAUAAAACAUGGAGUGUGUCCCAAAUGGCACCCUAUUCCCUAUAGAGUGCACUACUUCUUCUUCUUUUUUUUUUACCAGGACCCAUAGAGUCCAAAAGUAGUGUACUGUGUAGGGAAUGGGGUGCCAUUUGGGAUGCAGACCAUGCUUUCUGUGAUUGGCUAUAUUAUCUCCUUCUCCCCCACUGCUGUACUGUAAGUCAGUGUGGGACUUGGACACAAGCACAUCCAGACUCAGUGAGCUUUUCUUGCGUCUUCGCCCCUCUAACAACAACUGUAUGUAUGAACAUCUGGCAAUAAAAGAUCUCUUAAGAAACA